UCAGACUUGUAUUCACAUACGGAGGAGUGGUGACUCCAUCUGUUUACACCCAGGAGAUGUCACAGUCUACAAUGGAGCGCCUGGCUAACAAUGAUGAGAUGCACGAGCCCCGCAUCCUGGAACUGCUUGACAUGAGCAAGACUACACAUCACAAAUUUUCUUUAGUGGAUAUGGAUCAGCCACUUUUCCAGCCCUACCCAUCUGAGCUGGUCUUCCAGAACUUCACUCCUGCACAGACCUACACAUUACCUCUCCGUCUCCACAACAUUGACAAGGUUUCACGACAAGUUAAGCUGGAGCUGCAGGACUCUGAGUUUUUCCAUGUGGUCGGAACAGAGGGAACAAGUAGCAAGGUGGCACCAGGACUGUUUGCUACUUUCACUGUCUUCUUCACCCCGCAGGAGAACAAGGACUACCACCCCAGACUGGUUUGUGUGACAGAGAGGGAGCGGUUUGAGGUCCCAGUUCGUGCCAUUGGGCCACGUGCCAUUCUUGACUUUCGAGACAGUAUCAAUUUACCCGUGUGUCCUGUGAAAGCCGCCACAGAGAGGACUCAGCUAGUCCGCAACAUAGGAAACAGCCAGGCAAAGUUCAAGCUAGAAACAAAUAGCCCUUUCUCAGUGACGCCCUCCUGUGGGACUCUGGAUGUAGGCGAGAGCAUGCAGGUGACUGUGGUUUUCAACCCCAUGACCAUUGGAGACCACAGCCAGGACCUGCUCCUGCACUACCACACUGGUGAGAAAAAUUCAGGACUGUGAAAAUAUACACCAACA